AAAGGCCAACAAUAGCGGGACACAAUUACACGACGUUCGCUUCAGAACGCAGUUUGAAUAGCUUUUAAUGUGCGCUCGCUAAUUGGCCACAGGUGUGCACCUGAGCAGGUCCCCCAGGAGAAACCACGUUGCGAAAUGUGCAGUAUAAGUGCACAUAAGCCGGCCGGCGCAGUGUUUACGAAACGACGAUCAUUUUAUAGAAGCGACAGAGUUGCCCUUGUUACUUGUAUUAGCCAUUGUCGGCCUGGCAAUGCCAAUUUAUUGUGAGGAGACACAGGUAGAGAAGAAACAGGAGAAGAGGGGCGUGUUGGGUCUGGGUUACGGAGGAUACGGAGGAUUAGGAAACGCUCUGAUUGCGGGACCGGCUUAUGGAGGCUACGGACAGAGUUAUCUCGGUGGCGUUGCCCCGGCCUACUCCUCGGGUCACGGCAUUUCCGCACCUGCCUACGGCUACAGCGUGCCCGUAGCGUCCCACGGAUACGCCAGCGCACCUCUGUACCGUAUCGGUUACUCCGGCGGUCUGGGAUACGGUGGCGCGAGUCUGGGAGGACUCGGACACGGCGUUGCAGCCGUUGGAGGACCAGCCUACGGUAUCGGAUCGGGAUACGGCGCCCGCGGUCUCGGUGCGGGAAUCGGCUACGGCGCCGGCGCUGGUCUGGGAUACGGCGCAGGACUAGGACACGGUCUCGGCGCCGGUCUCGGUGCCGGUCUUGGUGCCGGUAUUGGUGCCGGUUACGGCCACGGAUUGUGAAGACGUGGCUGAUCAAUUACCCGACGCACGCGACGUCGUGGAACGUCGAUGAUUCUUCAGUUUCUUCUAUCAACCUUGGCCCUACCCUGAACAU